AUGGAAACUUCAUCAUCAUCAUCAGAUCAAGGACAGGCCCAUAUAGGAACCACCAUCAAAAGCCAUAAGCAUUUGAGGGCAAUGGUCAUAAGUGGCACGCCGAAGUAUCUAAGCUUCACCUGGCCUUGUGACUGGAGUUUGAACCAGGGCCCAACGAAUUGGAUUCCCGACACAAACACCCUGAGCCAGUGA